GUUCUUUACAUCAAAAUCAAAAUUCAUCACGUCUCUCUCUCUCUUCUUUCACACUGAUUCACGAAUUCAUACUAAACAACUUAUUCCGACAAUGCCUAUGAACCAUUUCUCAUCAGAAAUCCCAGAACCGGUCUGGUGGGGAUUUCAACAACAAUCCAUAAUUACUUCUCAAUCUCAACCUUUCAAGCUUUCACACCCUCAAUCAACAACAACCGCCGCCGCCGCCGCCGUAGAAGGUUCCAGAUUCAGUUUCGACUUAAACGGAGAAUACAGAGGAGUAGAUAAGGAGCCGAUGUUCGAGAAGCCACUCACCCCGAGUGACGUAGGCAAGCUGAACCGACUCGUAAUACCGAAACAACACGCGGAGAAGUAUUUCCCCUUGAGCGGAUUCACCGGCGACGAGGCGGCGGCGGCGGAGAAAGGGUUGUUACUGAGUUUGGAGGACGAGUUGGGAAAGUUUUGGCGAUUCCGGUAUUCGUAUUGGAAUAGUAGUCAGAGUUAUGUUUUGACUAGAGGAUGGAGUCGAUAUGUUAAAGAGAAACGGCUUGAUGCCGGAGAUAUUGUCGUUUUUGAGCGCGGCGGAGAUCGGUUGUUUAUUGGCUGGAGACGCCGUGGCUUAACAGCGGCUCAACCUGGUGUUUCGGCGGCUUCGAUAACAGUGGCCGGAAAUGAGGGAGGAGGGUAUUAUCGUGGGCAUACUUCUUCUUCUUCUUCCUCAUCUUCUUAUUAUCAUGUGCAUACACAGAGAAAUUAUGAUAAUCUCUUUCCACCAUCUGACUCAUAUCUUCUUCAUGCAGGGAUAAGUGAUGAAAAUCAUGUGCAGCAACAGUUGACGGCAACGACGUCGUUUGUCGGGAACCAAAAGAGGUCUUUGAGGCUGUUUGGAGUCAACAUGGAGUGCCAACAAGCUGAUGAUCAUAUUGAUGAUGUAGUCUCCGGCAACUUGUAAUAAACUUACAAUUAACACAACUGGGAGAGGGAGAAAGGGGGUAUGUAUUAAGAAGAUGAUACGAUGAUAGAUAAAUAUCAACGAAGAUCUUUGGGAUUUGACAACUUUCUGCUCGAUUUUACUUUUAUUUAAUGGAUGUCCACUUGUUGGGAUAUUGUCAAGAUCGAGGAAAGAAGAUCAUACAUGUUCAUCUUUUAUAUAUAUAUAUAUUUAUUAGAAGAGUCCUUUAAUUUAAUUUAGUAUUAGAAUGCAAAAUUAAUGAUCAGAACUAGGUUGUGGGUAUUAAAGAUAAGAAGAAAAAAUGGAAAAUCCCAGAUUUUCUGGAUUUUAUAUGAGAGGAUAUUAAAAAAAGGAGAAAUAGGGCUGACGUCAUCCAUGAUA